AUGUCCCAGCGCAGAACCGAAGACCGUCCUUCUUCCUCCCAUCACCACCACCACAACAACCUUGACGGCAACGGCAACGGGCCCCCUAGCAACGGUAUUGGCAGCUCUUCCACUCCUAUUAACGGUAAUCGGCUACGAAGGGAUAGUGCGAGGAGAGACAGGCAUAUCGCUGUUAAACAGAGCCAGCAGAGCCCUAAUAUCACCGGUACCGGUCGAACCCGUGCUGGUAGUCUUCAUCACCCUCUCCCUCAGCGCGACGUCCUCAAACCUGCUUCCUCUACUCCUCCGGCGCCGCCGUCGCAAAAACACCCUAAAACAUCAACGAUCCCGCCAUCCCCCGCCGUGACCCGUACCCAUCGCCGUCACGCUUCAGUCAUUGCCAACCCCUCCCCUUCCCCCACUUCCUUGGCCCCCUCGCAGCCAAAACUUGCGUCUCCGGUUUUACUCGUCUCUCGACCUGCAACCUCCCACUCUUCACCCUCGUCAGCCACACCAUCCGGGAAAAGGGCGCCCGCACGCUUCAGUAGUAAUGGUAUAGCAACAACGUCCGGGCCGCCACCUUCACUCGCUUAUCGACGGAAUAUCGCAAUGGAUAAUCGCUUCUCACCACACAAUGGGGGCUUGGGGGUUGGCGGAGGGAAUGUACAUAGGGGAGGGGCUGCUCCUCCAGCUAGUGGCACAACCGGUGAUCGGAGCAGCGCUGGUAGCAGCAGCACCGUUUCACAUUUUUCGAGAAGAGGAAGUUUAAAGGCGCGAGUGGAGGGCGAGCCAACGACCUCGAGGACGGGUUCGCUAAGGGCGGACUCGACCAGUAAUAAUGGGGAUGAUGAGGAUGAUGAUACCGGGCGGGAUAGCGGACAAACAAUACGGGGGUUGGAAGAUUUACGGAACGGGACUUCCGAAUCCGGGGGUGAUGGGGGCCUCGAUGGAGGAGAGCCCGGCACGGAGGAUCUAUUCCUCAAUCUCGCGAGAUCGAGUUCUGCCGCGGGUCAACACGAAAACAGUAAAGGACUGAGGCCUUGGGUGCGUUUCCUUCCAGCCUUUCAUUCACCGUGAUUCUGUGAAAAUUCUUGCCGUUUUGUUGCUUUGUGAAAUCCGGGCGCUUUUUGGGACGUAGUUGUUUGUUGACAAAAUUUACAGGCUCGGCAAGCUCAUCAUGCGCAUCAUCGGUCUUCUCUUCCUGCCGAUGCCUUCUCAUCCUCGCCAUUACGCGCAUCGCGAACACGUUCACCGAGCAAUCGUGGCUCUUCUCCCGUCGGUCCUCACGAUGAAAUUUGGCGCGACCCUAGAGCCCCAACUCCCGCGACACGCUAUCGCGACCGUAGGAUGUCGGGGACUACGGAUCGUUUAGCUGACCCAAGGGUUGUUACCCCACGGGCAUCGUUCACUCGACCACUUAGCAGCAUGCUCAGGCGCGAUCAGUCCCCCGCAUCUUCCAGUCACACUAGAAGCUUUUCCCUGGCCGAACCCGGCACGAGGUCACGCAAUGGCCUCACCAAUGGGAUUGCUCCACGAUCAUUGCACUCCUCACCCAAUACAGCCGACCAAUCACCCGGAUCUAUAAUCGACCAUGACCAAACAGAUUCCUCUGGCGCGGCCAGCAGAAUGGAGCACAGUGGGGGCACCAGUAGCGGGGGCGGGGGACAGGAGGAUUCCUCAUCGGUGUCGACCACUGCUCCAUCGACGGUAUGGGAUGAGCUAGAUGAUUUAAAAUCAAGAAUCCGAAGACUGGAAUUGACUGGGCGAAUGCCUGCAUCGGGAGUCGGAGCGACAGGCAACGCAUCCGGUUCGCCGGGGGAGCGACCGCGGACGGCCACAACCACCGUUACCACAAUUUCAUCAUCGCCUAGGCGUCAAAACAACCCUUCCGCUACCGGAAUCUCGCCCCCCGGCUCGACAAUUAGUCAUCCUUCAUCCAACUCGCACCCACUGUUACAUGCUGCUCUGACAAAGUCGAAGCCACUGAUACCCCCGGACGUUUUCAAAUACUUGGAAGCUGCUGCUAAGGAUGCUGUUGCGAUGGCAAGUGCGGUGGGCAGUACAGGCACACCCCUUGGCAGUGGACCUCCAGGGGUAGUUAUCGAUAGACAGAUGCGGCGCAAGGCUGAUAGUGUUUGCCGAAGUCUGACCGAGCUGUGUAUUGCCCUCACCGAGAACAGAGCCUCCUUAGGCGCAACAAGUUACUCGCAUCACGUCGCGCGACACUUCAACGGUGCUCGGCCUGUUAGCAGAGACACAUCCCAUGGCCGGGAAAGCAUACUAGGUCGGGAGAGUGCGCUUGGCAGGGAGAGCCUACUCGGCCGCGAGAGCAUACUUGGACGUGAGAGCGUGUUAGGAGGGCGCGAGAGUAUCCUCGGCAGGGAGAGCAUUCUUGGCCGGGACAGCUCAAUGAGCAACUACCGUGGGUUAGGGAGACUCUCUGAGCGAAAAGGAAGCAUCGCUUCAAUAUCUACAGCAGCUGGUUUCAGCUCGAGCCCAAGACUGUCCCUAAGCAUGGACCAAGAGACCCCCACAACCCCGGGCCUUCUGCGUCCCCGAAACUCCAUGCUCCUCAAGACUCGGCAGAUGCUAGAUGAUGAGGAAGGUCGUGAAGGCUUCCGCUCUCCCUCCCGCGCGGCAACAGACAUAAUGGGUCACCGGCACCGCGAGUACCCAGCCAGCCGUCACAUGAGCAUAACCCCAGAUCGCUCGCCAGGGCCCGAGGUAUCCCACCGGAGGCAACACUACGUCACCAACAGUGUUGCUCUCCCAUCUCCAAUCCUCCAUGGCAAUCGGCGCUACUUCAGCGCCACCGUCGACCGCUCCGACCUCCUUGAACGUCCCAACGGCUCUUUCGAAGCCACCAAUCCUACGAACGAACGCUUGAUGGCCACUGCCGCUGACUCGGACUAUACCUCUGCGAGAUAUCGCAGCGGCAGUCUGGGGCGUGCUGGAAAUCGUAAGCUAGCCCGAGGAUUGAGGGAGAGUGUGGACCUGGAUGGCGCGCAGCAGGGUGGUUCACUCGGACGCACGCCGUUACCUGGCGAGCGUUUGCUGCGGAGGUGA